AUGGCAGACCGGCAGGUUACUCAGCAGAAUAUUCUCAGUCAUCUCGCCAAGCUCGAUGACCCCGAUGCCGAUCUCCGAUACAUGUCGCUCAGCGACCUGUUCACCAUUUUGAGCAGUCCAAGCUCAAGCUUUCUUGCCAGCGAUAACCGCUCUUCAACCAAACUUGCAGAGGGCCUUCUCAAGGCUCUGGAUGAUCAACAUGGCGAUGUGCAAAAUCAAGCCCUGAAAUGUCUCGGCCCCUUGGCUGUUCGACUUCCUUUCGAGUCGCUUGUUCCCCUCCUUGAAAAAUUGAGCACCCUCACUGCUUCACCAACGAUUGACACCUCGGUCCCCAAUACCGCCAUCCGGACCAUCGUUGACACGCUUCCUCGCCCCCAGGCUGGCCAGCCCGCUCCACAAAACGCCGUCACGGCCUAUCAGGCUGUCUCAAAAGUGUUGAUCCCCAGACUUACCGGCCCAACUCAAUCAGCAUCUGGUCGACGAGGUUCCUUCGUGCGGGGAAUGCUGGAGAAGGAUGCAUCCAAGGGUUUCAGCAGCGAUGCCAUCGAUGUGCUCAUCAAGGUUGUGACAUGCUUCGGUCCUCUUCUUUCCGAGUCAGAGCUGGCUGCUCUGCAGGAGCCUGUCAUGGCCAUCAUUCAUAAUGAUACUGCUGGCACUGUCGUCACUAAGCGUGCUUUGGCUGCCAUCUCAGCCCUGGUCCUCUACUUUUCUGACAACCAGCUCAAUGCCUUUGUGAAGCACUUGACGGAGACAUUGUCUUCGCCAGGUAUCUCGACCGUCCACCGACGGCACUUGAUUGCUGCUAUUGGCGCGAUUGCUCGCAGCGCCCCGGCUAAGCUCGGUCCUCAUCUGGACAGUCUCGCGCCGUUCGUUUUCUCUGCCGUGGGAGAGGACAACCUUGUGCAAGCAAACUGA